AUCGUAUUGGUAUACAUUUUUGUAUUUGUAAAGAAAAGUUCGAAUUUGAUACAUUUUUUGUAGUUCUUUAGUUACUCGAAUUUGUAGCGAGUUACCCGAAAUGCAUAGAAAUUUAGUUUGGAUGCACGAGUUAAGCCCAACAUGGAUUCAGUUUAUUCAGAUCCAUUGGUACAAAUUUUCAAUUUGAAUCCAACCGAAAUGAAUAAUACCUUAAAAGCCGAAUUAGACAUCUUAAUAUUUAAUCGUGUACCGAAAACUGGUAGCAUUCAAUUUAUUGAAUUAAUGCGUAAAUUGGGAAGAGUACAUAAUUUCGAUGUUGAGGUUGAUCCCCAGAAUGGUGGCAUACGUCCCAUACUAAACGAGAAUGAAGAGGGUGAUUUAGUUGAAAAUAUUGCGAAUGCUGAUGAUGGUACUGUCUUUGUUAGCCAUGUAAAUUAUUUGAAUUUUACAAAAUACGACACGCCAAAGCCGAUUUAUGUGAAUAUGGUACGCGAUCCAGUAGAGCGGGUAAUUAGUUGGUACUACUAUAUCAGAUCACCGUGGAUAUUUGUGCCGAAUCGUCGCAAAAGCAAUAGAGAAAUGCCAAAUCCCCAAUGGGUUAAUACGGAGUUUGAUCAAUGCGUAUUGACUGGUGAUAGAGCCUGCACUUACAUUGAAGGGUCGGGUUUAGAGCGAGUCGGCGAUCAUCGCCGUCAAAUACUAUUCUUCUGUGGCCACAAUGAACGUAAAUGCAUGCCGUUUAAUACAAAACUGCCAAUGCAAAUUGCUAUGCAAAAUGUUGAGCGGGAGUAUGCCGUAGUGGGUACAUGGGAAGACACCAAUGUGACGCUGAGUGUUUUGGAAAGUUACAUACCAUCUUAUUUUCGGGGCGCUAAAAAUAUGUAUUACUCGGGCAUGCAGAAUGACCUGAAAAAUUAUAAUCCUAUGAAACCACACAUUGCCGAAGAUAUCAAAGAAAUGGUGCGUAAAAAUUUUACACGAGAAAUUGAGUUCUAUCAGUUUUGCCGGCAACGUCUACACAAGCAAUACUUAGCUAUUAAAUUAAAUGAACUUAUGACCUUUGAUAAAGAUUUACAGAAUCUGCACAAGACAGCUGUAAAAAAAAUUAAUAAACUGAUGGGAAUCAUGACCAGAUAA